AUGGCUCAAUAUUACCAGAUAGUUGGGCAAGGUCAUCAACUAACUCUUGAAGACAUACAAAGAUUUUGUCCAAACAUAUGCUUGGAUGGUAUUAUAGUAAACCAAGAUGACCAACAGCAAUAUGCUCAACAGCAGGUGGUUGUGCAGCAAGCAGAUUCAACACCAAGUGAUAUUAUAGUUAGUGAAGGUGUGCAGCCCCAGCUGGUUGUCAGUGAUGGAUUACAAUACCAGCAACAGUAUAUCAUUCGACAUGACCCCUCUCAACCACAACGUGACUUUCAGCAGCAACAACAACAGCAGCAGCAGCAGCAACAACAGCAGCAGCAAGCAUUACAUAGACAUCAAGUUUACUACACAUCUGAUUUGCCUGUGGAUGCUCAGGUUGUGUUACAACAGGCCCAACAGAUAAUUGAUGCAUCUUUGAUGCAACAGUCAUCUACACAACGCCCACAACAUCUAGUGAAUCCCGCACACGUGCUAACACAACCAACUGUGAUACAUCCCGCUCAACAGCCACCACCGCAACCCCCACCUCAGCAACCACAGCCGCAGCAUGCCCCGCAGCAAACGCAACAACAGCAACCACAACAGCAAUUGCCACGUGCGUCCCCUCAAAUCAUCCAGCACUUUCAGCAACAGCAACAAAUUCACUUACAACAACUACAACAACAGCAACUGCAGCACCAACUCCAACAACAACACCAACAACACAUGCAACCUCAACAAAUACAGCAUCAGCAAGUUGUUAUGCAUGCAGCUUACAUAAAUCAGCAGGGUACACCGACGCGAGCGACGGCGCCACGCGUCCUGAACCAGGCGCUGAGCAAUAGCCCGGUGACGCUGGUGCGGACGCCCGUGCGCACGGUGCGGCCGCGGCGACCGGCGGCGCGCGCGCACCACCAGCCCCCCGCGCCCUCCGCUCCGCCUCCGCGGAUGCUCAAUGCCAUGCAACCGGCCUCAUCACCGGCUCCGGGCGGUCCGGCUCGCGUGGGUUCCCCCCGCGUGCUCAACCCGCAAUCGCAGCACGCUCAACACCGCCCGCCGCGACCGCGCACACCCUUGCACCACACGCUCCAGCAACAGCAACAGCAUCAACAAAUGCAACAACAACAUCAGCAACAUCAACUCACUCAACAUGUCAUCAGUCCACAACUUCAUCAACAGCAACUAAAUCAAAUCAAGCUCUCCAAUCAUCCACUUCUCAACCAACAGAAUCAGGCUACACGCAUCAUCACACCUCAGGGAACAAUAGUAACGCAAAACUUAACGUCACAAUUACCCCAGCACACAGUAGUUCAGGCAAGCCAGAACAAUGGACCUCUACCUCAAAACACUCUCACUACCAUUCCGCAAAGAUCUUCACCACAUCCUCAACACAUACAACAAUCCAAAAAAGUCGUAGUUCAACCGAACAACGCAAGCGAUAUGGAUGAUCUCGAGGAGAGCAUUACAGCUGCCAUUCUCACUAAGCAUUCGGUAAAUGAUAAUAUGAAUGUUACGCCGCAGCAGUUCCACACGCCCUCACCCGCGAUGCGACCCAACCAAACAGUACCCCAGUCUCACCAACAAAUUAGUUUUAACUCACAGCAUGGAUAUCAACAGCAACAGUUAACCUAUGAACAACCUCACAUUCAGCAACAUCCCCAAACACUCAGUCAGUUAUUGAUGGACGGAGAUUCUACGGAGGAAGACCAACAAGUAUUAACAUUAAUUAACGGCCAGAGAAUAACUCUCGGGGAAUAUAAACGUACAAUGCAACAGCCUCAGCGAGGACCCAUUCAGCCACAACAGGGAAGAGAAACAGGCAGGCAAACCUUAGUAAGAAGUAAAGAACAACAGAGGCCUGUACAAAGGGUACCACCGAUGCAAGCACAGCAACAAACUCCUCAACAAGAAAACAGUGAAAUGUCAGGGCCUUCUGAACAGGCGUCGGAACCACAGUCUGCUAAAAUGUUAAUAUUUCUACAAAAUGGCGAACAGAGACUAAUUACUUUUACAUUGCCAAAAGAAAGUUGCACACUUCAGGAAGUUCUUGAACAGGUCAACGUUCCAUUUUCGGAGGAUACUCAUAUACAAUGUAUGCAGAAUACUAGUAGUGAGAUAGACUAUUUUGUAUCUGUUGGUUCAACAACUAGAAUUGAGGAGAUGUUAGAAAAUCACCCGAUGCUAGUGGGUGAUAUUAGUAAUAGGAAUUCCCCGUCUGUUAUGUCCCGACCUCAGAGUAGUGAAAUGUCUACACCUGAGAAAUCCCAGUGUCCUGAUAAUGGAAACAUCAGCCCUGAAUCUCCUGGACCACGGUCUCCCCCUCCCCGACAUGUUGAUGGCAUGUUAGCUGUAUGUAAAUUCUGUGGAUACACAGGAUAUGACUUUAGUCGCUGUGAAAGGUGUAAACGAGUAUUCACUGAUGAACCUAAAAGUGUACCAAGCAAAAAAGUAGAACAAAAGAAAAAGGACCCAGAGAAAACAAACCUAGAAAAACAAAAUACUUGUGGUGAAGGAAUCAAAAUAAAUUUAUUAAAGACUACAAUGAAGACACUUAACAACAAGACACCUCUGCAAGAAAAAAAAACCCCAAGAGUGAGAAAGCCUAAAGGAAAACAACCAGAUCCAGAACCUGUCAUAUUGACUUUAAGCUCUGAUGAAGAAGAUUCAAAUAGUUCCUUAAUGAGUAAUCAGCAUGAACAAUCAAUCAGUAUGAAGGAACCUUCUUUAAGUGAAAUUGAAGGUGGUACUCCAGACAGUGGCAUUGGUAUGGAUGCAAUGGAUGGUAAGUUUUAUAUUGUUAUGUAUUUUAUUUUUUGCUAA